GCCAGGGCGAGCAAGCACACCUGCAGUCUGCAGAGAAAGAGAGGGAGGAAGAGAGGGAGAGAUAGAGAGAGAGAGAUAACAGUGUUGAGAGAGACAGAGAGAAGGAGGAGCAACUGCGAGAAAGGAGGUAUACAGAGGGAGAGGGCUCCCACUGCAGUGGGUGGUUUUUCAGAGGACGGAGCAAGAGAGGACACAGGCAGACAGGAAAGAAACAGGGAGAAAAAGAGAGAGUCAAGAAAAGAAAGUCACAGAAGAGCAAAGUCAAAGUGGUGUCUUGGCCGGGGACCCAUCCGGCGGACCGCAGAGACUCCAGUGUCCUGUGUCUGGACAAAACCAGCGUGACCGGGAGUCUACUGGGAAGACAGACUGGUCUUCGAGCGCGCAGUGAGCAGACUGCCAAACACCAUGGCCGACAGCGUGAGCGAGCAGUCUGAUCAUAAGGAUGAGCUGAACUGGGGAUAUGAAGAAGAGUGGGGCCUUCAUUUCCCAGCAGCAAAUGGGGAAUAUCAGUCUCCAAUUAACUUAAACUCCAGGGAGGCCCAGUAUGACCCGUCCCUCCUAGACGUCGGUUUAUCACCAAACUACGUUGUGUGUCGAGACUGUGAGGUCAUCAACGAUGGACACAGUGUCCACAUCAUUCUCAAGUCCAAGUCAGUGGUUACCGGGGGUCCAUUGCCAAGUAGUCACGAGUAUGAGCUUCAUGAGGUUCGAUUCCACUGGGGCAAAGAGAACCAGCGAGGAUCAGAGCACACGGUCAACUUCAAGGCUUUCCCCAUGGAGCUCCAUCUGAUUCACUGGAACAGCACUCUGUUCAACACGUUGGAGGACGCCCUGGGGAAGAAGAAUGGAGUCCUCAUCAUAGCUCUUUUUGUGCAGAUUGGUAAGGAGCAUCUUGGUCUGAAGGCCAUCACCGAAGUCCUGCAGGACCUACAGUACAAGGGGAAGAGCAAAAUAAUCCCGUGUUUCAACCCCAACACCCUGUUACCUGACCCGUUGUUGAGAGACUACUGGGUGUAUGAAGGAUCUCUGACCACCCCACCCUGCAGUGAAAAUGUCACCUGGAUCCUGUACCGCUACCCUCUCACCAUCUCACAGUUGCAGAUUGAGGAGUUUCGGAGGCUGCGCUCCCAUCUUAAAGGGGCGGAGCUGCUGGAAGGGAAUGAUGGGAUGUUGGGGGACAACUUCCGCCCCACCCAGCCACUCAGUGACCGCACGGUUCGUGCGGCGUUCCAGUGACUCUCGCGUCUCACUUCCAUCUCAGAAAAACAACGGGACCUAAAGAUACAAGUAUCGGAGGGGAGAAGGAAGACGAGGUGUGAGGAGCGGAAAUAGAAGAAGAGGGGAGAAGUUGAUGUGCAUGUAGAUCGACUGCAGACUGAUGGUUGUCCAAGAAACUAUUGAUAGGACACCUUCGCCACAUGCUUUAGUUUGUGUGUGUGUGUGUGUGUGUGUGUGUGUGUGUGUGUAGGUGUGUCGUUCUUCUCUCUCCCUCUCAAUCAUACCGUAAAUGUAUAUGUGAGUAUAACAUCUUGUUGCCUACAUAGUUCCUUUGUGUGUGUGUGUGUGUGUGUGUGUGUGUGUGUGGAUACUGAUUAGGUGAUAGCAAGUUUUAUAACUAGUCCGUCGCCACUGUCAAAACAAGAGGAAACAUGAACCACAGAUGUAUCUCCACAAACCCACACACACACACACACACACACACACACACACACACACACACACACACAAACACAAGAGAGGCACAGUGUAAAAGAGUUUGACGGAGGCACUGACCCUGUGGCUGGUUGUGUUUGCAAAACUUUACUAACUCAAUGUUUCAUUUAGAAUCAGACAAAUUUGAAGAGCAAGUCGACGCUAAAGGGAAGCCUAACAGGAGAAGGCUUCUUGUCAGCCUGUGGGAGAAUAGAAACAUGAGCUCAGGAGUAUCGAGUUGGGUCGGGUUGGGUUUUGGGUUGAGUCUGUCAACUAACUUGAAUUUUUCAAACUGGAAAUCUUGCUGAUUGUUUAACUACUAAAACGCCAUUAUUACAAGUAAAAAAAAAACACACUGAUGCCAGCCUAAUGUGGAGUCAGAAAUGUCAUCAUCUCUCUGGGAAACUUUCAGUUUCUUGUUUAUUCAGCACACACUCAGUUUACAUCACGCUGAAUAUCCACAUCCACAUUUCUAGUACAACUGGACCUUUAACCUUGAACUCAGUUCACUCAUACUGUACAGCAUAGACGUUACAAGCAUUUAUAUCACCAUCUUCCUCCCCUGUCUUCAGUUUUUGUCACACUCAACGUCACUUCAUUGUGAGAUGAAUGAUAUGAAUAUUUUUUUAAUUUUAUUCAACUAUCAGCUUUGCUGUUCGCAUUCAGAGCCUCCUUUAAGACCAGUGGAACACGAUUCUCAUCACUCUUCAACUCUUCAUAGUGUGUGUGUGUGUGUGUGUGUGUGUGUGUGUGUGUUUGUGUGUGUUUCUUUUGUCUGUAAGGUCCCAAUAAACUACAACACUGACUGAC